UCCACCCUCCUAAAAUAAUCAGGGGACUCCAAGGAUUUUAUGUUUAGGGCUGGGGGCUCAGUAGCAGCCUUCAGUAAGCACCAUGAACACUGGCAUAUUCAUGCAGGAUACUCAUAUCUACACCAGCAGCCCCAGUGCCAAGAGCUCAGCUGAGAUGAAGACUGCUCCUCAGUGCUGGGGUGUCCUCUCCCCUGCUCUGCUGUGUGACUGAGCUGAUAAUGUGCUAUCAGAGCAAGGAGGACACUAUAUAGAGGGGCUCCCCUCUCUGCUCUCAGCAACUCUGCACUCCCUUGGAAUCAUCUUGUUUGCUCUGCUGUUUCUACCUAGUUUGCUGUCAUCAGAAGGAGUUCAUUGAGAUAUUCCCCAAAAGGAUCCUACACUCCACCCACAGGACUGCAUUAUAAAGAGGGCUUUUUUUUCUUCAGAACUGUGGGGAAAAAUGAAUGGGCCAGCAGCUUCAAGCCUGCUCUUCAACUGCUCAAAUCAAUCAAAUUUCGCUUUGGAAACAUCAGAGCAAUGUGGCAAAGAGACACACCUUGAGAACAUGAUUUUUGCUGCUUUCUACUUUCUGGACUUCAUCCUGGCUUUUGCUGGCAAUGCCCUGGCUCUUUGGCUCUUCAUCCGGGACCAAAAGUCAGGCACACCUGCCAACGUUUUCCUGAUGCACCUUGCUGUGGCUGACCUGUCCUUUGUGCUGGUACUUCCCACCCGGCUGGUGUACCAUUUUUCUGGUAACCACUGGCCAUUUGGUGAGAUCCCAUGCAGACUCACGGGCUUCCUUUUUUACCUCAACAUGUAUGCCAGUAUCUAUUUCCUGAUGUGCAUCAGUGUUGACCGUUUCCUGGCCAUUGUGCACCCGGUCAAGUCCAUCAAGCUGCGCAGGUCCCGCUAUGCCCAUGUGGCAUGUGUCUUCCUGUGGGUCAUCGUUGGUGUGGCAAUGGCACCUCUGCUGCUCAGUGUACAGACAGUCCAGAUGAAAAACACAACUGUCUGCCUGCAGCUCUACAGAGAAAAGGCCUCACGUCAUGCCCUCGUGUCCUUAGCAGUGGCAUUCACCUUCCCCUUUGUUACUACUGUGACUUGCUACUUACUCAUCAUCCAGAGCCUGAAGAGUGGGAACAGAGUGGAGAAACAUCUGAAGGAAAAAGCUGUCAAAAUGAUCAUCAUGGUUGUGAUGAUCUUUCUAAUUUGCUUUGUGCCUUAUCAUGUCAAUCGCUACAUUUAUAUUCUCCAUUACAAUGGGACCAAAGCUUCCUGUGAAACACAGCGGGCCCUGGCCCUCAGCAACCGCAUCACCUCCUGCCUCACCAGCCUCAACGGCGCCUUUGACCCCAUCAUGUAUUUUUUUGUAGCUGAGAAAUUCCGUGAGGCUUUGUGCAAUCUGUUUUGUAUUAAAAAGACCAUAAUGUUGCCCCAAACUUAUGAGGGUAAGACAAAUGAAAGCUCACUGAGUGCUAAAUCUGAACUGUGAACAUGACUCUUGUCAGUGCCAGUGCUUCGUCUUAAGAACGCUCUUCCACCAAAAUCAGCUGAGAGCACAAAUAUGCAGCAAGACA